AUGAAGCAUUAGAAGGUUUUGAAGGGGGUUUUCAUCCCUGUAUAGUCAUUUGGUUUAAAUGUGUGUUUUCUAAAAGCAUUUAAAAAAUUAAACACAGUAAGACGCUGUUUCUAAACUUAAUGAAAUAACUUUGCGGUUAGCUGUGUUAGCCGUAGCAGGUUGCCGCGGACGUUAGCAGGCUAGGCUAACCUGAAGUCGCCUCUUGUCACCAAAGACGAACGUUACAGUUGAAGAUGUCUCUGAAAGCUGUGGACGGAAUACUGUCCAGCUUGAAGUCAUGUCAGACAGACCUCGGGACAGGAAUGGACAUCGUGACAGAUGUUGCUAUGGACCUAGUGGAAGCUGAAGAUGAAGAGAUGAACCCUGGCAUCAAAGAGAUGGAGGCCAUGAUUCUGCAGUGUGCGAAGCUGGACAGGGAGAUAAACUACUUUGUUGAUAUUGUACAGCAAGCCACAGCUGAGGUCACUCCCCAGCAGCCAGAGGCCAUGUUCAGCCUGUCUGCCAAAGUGAAGGAGCGGUUUGCAGAGAGAAUUGCUCAACUCUCCAACGCUGACCUGAACAAUCACCAGAAAGUGGCCGCAUUCAAGGAGAACAUCAAAAACGCUCUGCAACAAGCCGACCAGGACCCUGCAGAGGGCAUAGAGGAACUCGACGAGGACAUCGCCGUCACCCAGAGCCAGGUCAACUUCACCUGCCCGCUCACACAGGUGGAGAUGCUGAACCCGAUGAAGAAUAAGAAGUGCAACCACCACUACGACGAGGAAGCCAUACUGAGUCUGAUCAAAACAAAGUACAGCCAGAAAAAGAAGUGCCGCUGUCCUGUGGUUGGCUGUGGAAACGGAGACGUCAAAGAGUCCGACCUCAUUCCUGACCAUAUGCUAAGGAGGAAAAUCCAGAACCAAAAGCGCAAAAGCAACCAGACAUGAUGCUCUGCUUUGUAUUUCUGUAACCUGUAGCUUUGAGAGCAGGAAUUGUUGGUAAUGUUUUGAAAAUUUGUUUGGGGCUUUUUUUCUUCUAGCAGACAGUUGAUGUUUUGACAUUUUAUUGCUUGUAUA